CGCUCAAAAAUUUGGCCGCAGCAGGCCAGGCUAUUAGCAAAAACAAAGGCAAUGCAAUGGGUUUGGAGCGGUUUGUGAGCAGCACCGGGAAGCCAGAUUCGGAUCUCGUUCAUCCAGAUGAUGCCCAGUAUAUUUGGCUGCCCAUCGCCGCGCUUGUGGGCAUAUUCAUACUCUCGGCUUUGGUGUACGCCAUGUCACGUAGUCGCUGCCAAUGCUCCUGUCCCUGCUUGAAACGGCUGAAGACGCCCCGCAUCGACUACAUCAACGUGGAUGAGGAGGACUCCGAUGUGCCCAUGGCCGGUGGGGGGGAUGAGCUUGGCGAACAAUAUGCUGCUGCCAGCUUGCUGGCCGGUCGUCUGCACAUUGAGAAUCGUCCAGGACACAGCCACAGUCCUCCAGGGACCUGCAGUUCUCCUGCCUAAGCGGAUAAGCGAAUGUCUUGCAAAAAGAAACUUCCAUACAGUUUAUUGUCUACAUUGUUCAUCCUGUGGGUGGUUGUCAUCCCUCAGCUUAGAUACUAAAACAAUCCAUGUGCCUCUACCUUAGGUAUACAAAUAAUCAA